UCUUUCUCAUUGCAGGCCUCCAGGUGGUUUUAAAUUCCAUUAUCAAGGCCAUGGUCCCUUUGCUGCACAUUGCCCUGCUGGUGCUGUUUGUCAUAAUUAUCUAUGCUAUCAUUGGAUUGGAGCUCUUCAUGGGGAAGAUGCACAAGACUUGUUAUGUAACAGAGAGCUUAUCAGAUACACCAGCAGAAGAGGAACCCUCUCCUUGUGCACCUGUAUUUGCGCAUGGGCGGCAAUGUCAGAAUGGUACUGAAUGCAGACCAGGAUGGGAAGGACCUAAGCAUGGCAUUACCAACUUCGACAAUUUUGCCUUUGCCAUGUUAACUGUGUUUCAGUGCAUCACCAUGGAGGGCUGGACAGAUGUGCUAUACUGGAUGCAGGACGCUAUGGGCUAUGAGUUACCCUGGGUGUACUUUGUCAGUCUGGUCAUCUUUGGAUCCUUUUUCGUUCUUAAUCUGGUUCUUGGUGUGUUGAGCGGGGAGUUUUCUAAAGAGAGAGAGAAAGCAAAAGCUCGAGGUGACUUUCAGAAGUUGCGAGAGAAACAACAGCUGGAGGAGGACUUGAAGGGAUAUCUGGACUGGAUAACUCAAGCAGAAGAUAUUGACCCAGAAAAUGAAGAUGAGGGCAUGGAUGAAGAGAAGCCCCGAAACAAAAACACUCCAGCUGGCUUGCCUGAUAAGAAGAAAGGAAAGUUUGCUUGGUUUAGUCACUCCACAGAAACUCAUGUGAGCAUGCCCACCAGUGAGACAGAAUCUGUGAACACUGACAAUGUGGCUGGAGGAGAUAUUGAAGGAGAAAACUGUGGAGCACGGCUGGCGCACCGGAUAUCUAAAUCUAAGUUUAGCCGCUACUGGCGUAGAUGGAAUCGGUUCUGCAGACGGAAAUGUCGAGCUGCUGUCAAAUCCAAUGUGUUCUACUGGCUCGUGAUCUUCCUUGUGUUUCUUAACACCCUCACAAUUGCCUCUGAACAUUAUAACCAGUCAGAUUGGCUCACUGAAGUCCAAGACACUGCCAAUAAGGUACUGUUGGCUCUUUUCACGGCUGAGAUGCUCCUGAAGAUGUACAGCCUGGGUCUUCAAGCCUACUUUGUCUCUCUCUUCAACCGCUUUGACUGUUUUAUUGUGUGUGGUGGAAUCCUAGAGACCAUCUUGGUGGAAACAAAGAUCAUGUCACCACUGGGUAUCUCAGUGCUGAGAUGUGUGCGACUGCUAAGAAUUUUUAAAAUCACAAGGUAUUGGAACUCUUUGAGUAAUUUGGUGGCUUCCCUGCUCAACUCUGUGCGCUCCAUCGCCUCCCUGCUGCUACUUCUCUUCCUCUUCAUCAUCAUCUUCUCCCUCCUAGGGAUGCAGCUCUUUGGGGGCAAGUUUAACUUUGAUGAGAUGCAAACCAGGAGAAGCACAUUUGACAACUUUCCCCAGUCGCUGCUCACUGUGUUUCAGAUCCUGACUGGGGAGGACUGGAAUUCGGUGAUGUAUGAUGGGAUCAUGGCUUAUGGCGGCCCCUCUUUUCCAGGAAUGUUGGUCUGUAUUUACUUCAUAAUCCUCUUCAUCUGUGGAAACUACAUCUUGCUGAAUGUCUUUUUGGCCAUUGCUGUGGACAACCUUGCUGAUGCUGAGAGCCUGACAUCUGCUCAAAAAGAGGAAGAAGAGGAAAAAGAAAGGAAAAAACUAGCUAGAACUGCUAGUCCUGAAAAGAAACAGGAGCCUGAGAAGCCAGCUGUGGAGGGGGAGACAAAGGAGGAGAAAAUUGAACUGAAAUCGAUCACUGCCGAUGGAGAAUCUCCACCUUCUAAUAAGAGCAAUGUAGAUGAAUAUCAGCCUAAUGAAAAUGAAGAAAAGAAUCCUUAUCCUACUACAGAGACGCCAGGAGAAGAGGAGGAGGAAGAGCCUGAGAUGCCUGUUGGGCCUCGUCCACGCCCAAUGUCCGAAUUGCACCUCAAGGAGAAAGCUGUGCCAAUGCCAGAAGCCAGUGCUUUUUUCAUCUUCAGCCCCAGCAACAGGUUUCGGGUCCACUGCCACCGCAUUGUUAAUGAUAACGUUUUCACCAACUUGAUCCUCUUUUUCAUCUUACUCAGCAGCAUCUCUCUGGCAGCUGAGGACCCUGUCCGACAUACCUCCGUUCGGAAUCAAAUUCUCUUUUAUUUUGAUAUAUUUUUUACUGUCAUUUUCACCAUUGAAAUUGCUCUGAAGAUCCUAGGCAAUGCAGAUUAUGUCUUCACUAGUAUCUUUACAUUAGAAAUUAUUCUUAAGAUGACUGCUUAUGGAGCUUUCCUUCACAAAGGCUCCUUCUGCAGGAACUACUUCAACAUCCUGGACCUGCUGGUGGUUAGCGUUUCUCUCAUCUCCUUUGGGAUCCAGUCUAGUGCCAUCAACGUAGUGAAGAUACUACGAGUCUUGCGAGUUCUCAGACCACUGAGGGCUAUCAACAGAGCCAAAGGAUUAAAGCAUGUGGUUCAGUGCGUGUUUGUAGCCAUACGUACCAUAGGGAACAUUGUGAUUGUCACCACGCUGUUGCAGUUCAUGUUUGCCUGCAUUGGAGUCCAGUUGUUCAAGGGCAAACUAUAUAGUUGCACUGAUAGCUCCAAGCAAACAGAAGCAGAGUGCAGGGGCAAUUUUAUCACCUACAAGGAUGGAGAAGUGUCUCAACCAAUUAUCCAGGCUCGAAGUUGGGAGAACAGCAAAUUUGAUUUUGACAAUGUCCUCACUGCCAUGAUGGCCCUCUUCACUGUUUCAACAUUUGAAGGCUGGCCAGAACUGCUGUACCGAUCCAUUGAUUCCCAUAUGGAAGAUGUGGGGCCCAUUUAUAACCACAGGGUGGAGAUCUCUAUUUUCUUCAUUAUCUACAUCAUCAUCAUCGCUUUCUUCAUGAUGAACAUCUUCGUUGGUUUCGUCAUCGUCACUUUUCAGGAGCAAGGAGAGCAGGAGUACAAGAACUGUGAGCUGGACAAGAACCAGCGCCAGUGUGUCGAAUAUGCCCUGAAGGCCCGCCCCCUUCGGAGAUAUAUCCCAAAAAACCAGUACCAGUACAAAGUGUGGUAUGUGGUGAAUUCCACCUAUUUUGAAUAUUUGAUGUUCAUCCUCAUCCUGCUGAACACCAUCUGCCUGGCCAUGCAGCACUAUGGUCAGAGUUGCAUCUUCAAAGAAGCAAUGAACAUCCUCAACAUGCUCUUCACUGGUCUCUUCACCGUCGAGAUGGUUCUGAAAUUAAUUGCCUUCAAACCCAAGCACUAUUUCUGUGAUGCAUGGAAUACAUUUGACGCCUUGAUUGUUGUGGGUAGCAUUGUUGAUAUAGCAAUCACCGAGGUGAACCCAGCUGAACAUACCCAAUGCUCUUCCUCUAUGAACGCAGAGGAAAACUCUCGCAUCUCAAUCACCUUUUUCCGACUCUUCCGCGUGAUGCGUCUGGUGAAGCUCUUGAGCCGAGGCGAGGGCAUCCGCACACUGCUAUGGACCUUCAUCAAAUCCUUCCAGGCUCUUCCCUAUGUGGCUCUUUUAAUAGUGAUGCUGUUUUUUAUCUAUGCUGUGAUCGGGAUGCAGGUGUUUGGUAAAAUUGCCCUGAAUGAUACCACAGACAUAAACCGGAACAACAACUUUCAGACCUUCCCCCAGGCAGUACUACUGCUUUUCAGAUGUGCUACUGGCGAAGCUUGGCAGGAAAUCAUGCUGGCAUGCCUCCCAGAUAAGAAGUGUGACCCUGAAUCCUUGGAAUCAAACAACUCUACUGAAGGUGAACAUUCCUGUGGGAGCAGCUUUGCUAUCUUUUAUUUCAUCAGUUUCUACAUGCUGUGUGCCUUCCUAAUCAUUAACCUUUUUGUAGCUGUUAUCAUGGAUAAUUUUGAUUACUUAACACGGGAUUGGUCUAUUCUGGGUCCUCAUCAUCUGGAUGAGUUUAAACGGAUCUGGGCUGAAUAUGAUCCAGAAGCCAAGGGACGUAUCAAACACCUAGAUGUGGUGACACUGCUCCGUCGGAUACAGCCUCCACUGGGUUUUGGGAAACUCUGUCCUCACCGGGUAGCUUGCAAGCGCCUUGUGUCCAUGAAUAUGCCACUAAAUAGUGAUGGGACUGUCAUGUUUAAUGCAACUUUGUUUGCACUGGUCAGAACAGCACUGAGGAUCAAAACAGAAGGUAACUUGGAGCAAGCAAAUGAAGAGCUGCGUGCAAUAAUUAAAAAGAUUUGGAAGCGCACCAGCAUGAAGCUGUUGGAUCAGGUUGUGCCCCCAGCAGGUGAUGAUGAGGUAACAGUUGGAAAGUUUUAUGCUACAUUCCUGAUUCAAGAGUAUUUCCGAAAAUUCAAGAAACGCAAAGAACAGGGCCUUGUUGGCAAACCUUCACAGAGGAAUGCUCUUUCCCUCCAGGCUGGUUUGCGCACAUUACAUGAUAUUGGACCAGAAAUUCGACGGGCAAUCUCUGGAGACUUAACAGCUGAAGAAGAAUUAGACAAGGCCAUGAAAGAAGCUGUUUCUGCUGCCUCUGAAGAUGAUAUUUUCAGAAGAGCAGGUGGCUUGUUUGGAAAUCAUGUCAGUUACUACCAAAGUGAUGGCAGAAGUUCAUUCCCUCAGACAUUCACCACUCAGCGCCCUUUGCACAUCAAUAAAUCUAGCAGCAAUCAGGGAGACACUGAAUCCCCAUCCCAUGAGAAGCUUGUGGAUUCCACUUUCACUCCAAGCAGCUACUCAUCAUCCGGCUCCAAUGCUAACAUCAACAAUGCCAACAACACUGCCUUGAGUCGCUUCCCCAGCCCACCAAGCUACCCCAGCACUGUCAGUACUGUGGAAGGCCAUGGCACCCCUCUAUCACCCACUGCACGGAUCCAAGAAGUUCCUUGGAAGCUUGGCUGCAGAAGAACUAGGACACAUUACUAUGAAACACUGGGGCGAUCCUGUUCCAGAGACAGUCAGGUGGCUAUUGUUUGUGAGGAGGAGACUUGUCAAGAGGAAGAGAAAUAUGAUGAGCAACUGAAUGAAGAAAUUGAGUACUGUGGUGAACCAAAGCUGGUACCAACUGAAAUGCUCUCAUGUAAAGAUGAUGAACACAGACAGUUAACUCCACCUGAAAACAACAUUAGAUACUCUCCAAAGAGUGGGUUCCUGCAUUCCUCAUCACUAAGUCGAAGAGCAUCCUUUCAUCUGGAGUGUCUUAAGAGACAGAAAAAUCAGGGUACGGAAGUCCCACAGAAGACAGCAGUGCCCUUGCAUGUGGUACAUCAUCAGGCACUAGCAGUUGCAGGCCUGAGUCCUCUUCUUCAAAGAAGCCAUUCACCCCUAAGAUCAUCUCGGUCAUGUGCCACACCCCCUGCCACACCCUGUAUACAAGAUUGGUUACAGCAGCCUAUUAAAACCUUGCGGCUUGAAGGAGAGGAAUCCAAUGAGAAACUCAAUAAUAGCUUCCCAUCAAUACAUUGCAGCUCCUUGUAUUCUGAUAGCCCCAGCUCUAGCAGCACUCGAAAAGCCAGGCCGGUCUCCCUCACAGUUCCCAGUCAGACCAGAGAGUGUGGCAGACAAUUUCACGGCAGCGCUAACAGCCUUGUUGAAGCGGUCUUGAUUUCGGAAGGCCUGGUGCAGUUUGCUCAAGAUCCAAAGUUCAUUGAGGUCACAACCCAAGAGCUGGCUGAUGCUUGUGACUUGACGAUAGAAGAAAUGGAGAAUGCUGCUGACAACAUUCUCAAUGGUAACAGCAAGCCAAGCCCCAAUGGCAACCUCUUGCCUUUUGUUAACUGCAGGGACCCAGGGCAGGACUGUAUGGGAGAGAAAGAGGAAACAGCCCAGAACCCAGAUUGUAGAAAAAGUCAAGAGGAGCCUAAGGACAGCAGGAUUUAUAUCAGCAGCCUGUAGUUGCCAAGGCUGAAAGUGAUGCUGGUUUUUUAAUUUGUUUCAAUGUUCCUAAUGGGUUUGUUUCAGAAGUGCCUCACUGUUCUCGUGACCUGGAGUAACCAGAACAGCGUUCUUCAUUCAUUUCCGUCAGGAAGAAUUGCAGAGUUGGGUGGUGUAAAAGAGCUUUUCAGGAGUGAAUAUACAACCCCAGCAUGUGUCCAUGAAGGAAGAAUGGCGACAAGUAAAAGGAGGAGAGUCAGAUCCCUCCUUUUCUCAGUCCCUGCACAAGGAACAACAGCUGCUUCCUGAAUGUGAUGGAAAACCUCAGCUUCCUGUGAAUGGCCCUAGCCAAAAGGACACUGCAUCAAACGGGUGUCUUUCAACUUUGCUUGUACAAAAAAGAAUCAUUUUGCACAUAUUCUGUAUGAGCCUCACCAUCUCCAUAAAGCCAAGGCCCUUUUGAUCUGCAAGUGGAAUAGAAGACUUCAGCAACAGAUCCCCCCACUUUGCUGAGGAAGAGGAGUUGGAGGAGGAAGCAGAAGUGGCAAUGGUACAGGAGAUGUAGAUGGCAAUAUUGCAGAUGCUUAUUAAUGGAAAUGCAGAGACUCCUAGGCAGACUUCUCUGCCAGUCAAUCAGAGCUCAGGCAGUCUACUCUGCCAACCAAUCAGAGCUCAGACAGCUAGCUGUGCCAACUGCUCAAGGAGCAGGAAGCCAGCUCUGUCAAACCGGAGUUCAGGCAACCCGCCCAUUUCAAAGAGAUGUGGUGAUGGGCUAAUGUAGAUCUCUCCUUGUUUUUGCUGUUUGAUAUUUUAUUGAAAGCAUGUUCUAAUUUUUAUUUUUGAAUACUUUAUUUUAUGGUAUUUUAUUUUUUGAGGGAGGGGGUGAACGGAGUGUUUACAAAGUUUUGUAAUCACCUAACUUUUUGUUUUCUUUCUCACCUUUGCAAAUGUUUAAAAUUGGUUUGAUUUGAUUAUGUUGUACUAUUUAAUUAUUAUUUUUUUGUUUCCCUCCAUUGAAAUUUGGGUAGAAACUAAUAAUGAUAUUAGAAGAGUUUUGCCAACCAUUAUGUACACCAGAAUUUGUAAUUUUAUUUGAAGUAAUGGAAAACUCCUUUUUGUUGUUGUUUUAUAAUUUAAAGAUAGUAGGCAAUGCACUUGAUAUAGUCUUGCACAUAUGAGUGAUCGAUUUGGAUUCUUUAUAGUGGUAGGUAUAUUUGCGGGUGUGUGAAUGAGUGAACAGGACUGAAUGAGAGAGUGAAUGCAUGCCUGAAAGUUUGUAAGUUCAUACAGUUCUCCACUUCCUGGUAUAACUGCAGGAGAGCUGUAUCUGGGGUCAUGUGAGUGUAAAAAUAUACCACUGUCUCUGCUUUUGAAAGGGGAAUCAGUAACUCUUUGCAUUUUCUGUUCCACAAGAUAUGCAAAAACAAUGCAAUAAUAUUAAUUUUGAAUACAAUUUGUGAAUUGUGUUGGCAUUAAAACUGUAUAGAAAAACAAAACAAGGGAAUUAAAGAAAACAAAAAAAAACCACACAAGUGAGAAGGAGUUACGUUUCGAUAUAUUCUGUGUGAUGUUUUAUUGCAUUGAUGAUGUUUCUGUUGAAGAAACCGUAAUACUUGAAUUCAGGUCAGUUUCAGUAUUUUUCAACUAUUUUUUUAAAAUGAAUUGCAAUUGUGCCAAGCAAAUAUGAUGAAUUAAGUUUGUUUAAGGGGAAAAUAACAAUUCUUGUAUAUUUUGCUGCAUGUAAAGUAAAUCAUUUCGUAUU